AUGAAGCAGAACUCGCCAUCACCACGGUCUUCAAGUUCUUCUGUGGAACGGUUCCUGCUCACCUUACACAGCAGGGACGACACCCAUGCAAUCGCCCAGCUCUCAGAAUCCCCCUUCAUAGCUAAUGACCACCGCGAGGUCGCUCGCCCACACGUCGAUAUUGAUGCUCUCGACUUCAAGUGGGAAAGAUUCGAUCGUGGAGAUAUUGUUGCAGAUGCGUCCUCUGCCUCCUCGCCUCGCCAUGUGCAUCCUGGUUCUGAAGAAGCGUUCUGGAGCCAGCCAGCAGGGCAUAUACCCACCCCGGUCGCGUCUCCCACACGACUUCGCGUCCCGAGAACCGACUCUUCUCCUGCAUCUUUGCGCCUCACUGGCAUUUCGACCCCCGUAGCGGCCAGUCCCCACAAGCAAGCCGUUCUGAAACAUCUCGGAGACCGAGAGAAGGAUGGCGGCCUCUUUGCGUGGAUCGUCCCACCUCGGGACGCUCCUCCACCCUCAACGCCCAAGGCGAGCGAGACCUGUAGCCAUCCUCCGGCAACUGGUCGUCCACGGCGACACAACGCAGAUCAGGACUUCCCUCCCGCCCCAGCAUCGAGACCAGAACUCGGGGCGGCGACGGCCCGUUGUAGCCCCGGACGUAAACACCAGCGCGGCGUCGCCGACCGCUACGAUCCAGAGUCAACGGAGACGAGAUCAAGUCCUCCGGGGCGGCUCCCGUUCGCGCCGGGUUCUGGUAUUUACAUCUCGCCGUUGCGAGACAACCCGGGUGACGGGGACGAGGCGGGCGGGGAGGACUCCGGGAGUGACGAGGCCAUCAGAUCGGAAGGCCACACGGGAAUGCAGAACAAUGAGCCAGCUACCGCCGCUCAAUCGGCAAACGAAGGGACUAAGGAGGACGCGAAACGAUGUGCUAGCCAAUUGAUAUCCGACGUCUCGACGCAGUCCGACGAGAAUCGACGCAAUAUCGAUGAUGACAUCGAAGAAGACGAGAGUAGUCUGCAGGGCUGCUCACAGGAGUCGAAGGAUUCGAUCGAGUCUUGGACCAACUAA